AUGGUAUUGACACCGCCGUGGACGACCCCCUGUUUCCACAUCUUGACUUUGACAUCGACACCUCCCACGGAAGACACGCGCAGGAAGACAAACAUUCGACCACCACUGACUGCUUGUUCCCAGUCACCCCCUCUACACCUGCACUUCCAACAAGCCGAAUCCUUCAUCGUCCUGUCCGGCGAAGUCGGCACCACGACGACCUACUCCCUCAUUGACACCAUCCACACGCCCCAAAACACCCCGCCCUCGAACCCCUACCACAUCGCGCCGUGGAUGCCGCACCGCUUCUGGCCCAGUCCCGCCGCGACAGAGGACACGGUGAUGCUCGUCUGGGCGCAUCCGAACCCUGAGGGCCUCGCCGACAAGAUGGAUCGGUUGUUCUUCCAGACGCUGUUGAUGUACGUCAGUGAUGUGAGGGAGGGGAAGGCGGCCCUAAGUCUGUGGCAGGUGAUGGUUGUGCAACACUUCUCGGCCACCGCGCUGAUCAUGUUCCCCGGGCUAUGGAUCUUGGGGCCCCUGCGAUGGUGGAUCCCUUGGGUCGUGCAGUCUAUAUGCGCUUACCUCGCCCUGUGGAUGGGGUAUACGCCGUUGUUGGAAAAGUACAUGUCCCAGGAGGAUUGGGAGGACAAGGUCGUCCAGGAGAGGGUGGGGAUGUGGCGGCGUGGCAAAAAGGAGCAGUGA